GCUAGGCGUCUUAUUUAUCUCGUAGCGUAUCCAAACAUAAAUAAGGUAAUAGCGUUUAGCGUUUCUCGGAAUUUUGUUUACUUCUACUCCGUAUCAAUAUCGCACAGUCGUCUUACGUGUAACGAACACGAAAAUUUAACCUCUAUAAUUCGAUAUACGUGAAUAGCAUAAUGCAAAGCAUAUACGUCUUUUGCUUCUUCCAUUGUAAAAUUUAUGCAUAAUUAAUGAUAUGAAUAUCGAGAAAAAUAACGAGGAAUAAUGUAGGAAAUAGAUUUUUUGCGUAAAUAUUUGAUAAUAAUCGAUAUUUUGCGUUAUUUAUUCAGAUACAAACAUAAAAAUUAGUACUAAGAUAAAACUAUCAGUACUGGUAUAAAAAUUUAGUUGGCAACAUUUGAUUAUGAUCGCCAUAGGUGAUACAUGACGUCACGAAAUUCCGUUGCUUAGUUUGCAAAAUGAUGAAGUCGGUAUCGGAUGCAAUCGAGCAUCGUUCUGCGUUUCGUGCGCGUUUUCUCUCAUUCGAAGUGAAUUUCGCAUACAAACGAGUAUUGGGAAUACCGAAUUCAACGACGGUCGAUCGUCGUGCAGUAUUAAUUAGCGCGCGCGGUCGCGAUUAUCAGCCUUUCAGCAUUCGUAUAAUCAAUCGAAUCGCUCUGCGUCGGACAUUACUCAGCAUAUUAACGAGCAUCAAUGUGAAGUUGUUGCGUCUCUCAAACGCAUUCGAUGUAUCUCGGUAGUAUCAAAAUGGUCGCAUCAUCGUCGCGAUCGUCGCGGAGUGUUAAUGCGUGUGUAAAAGUCGGGAGUGCCGUAUUAAUUGUCCGGUCGAAUCGCGAGUGAAUAAUUAGUGCCGUAUAACUCCUGCAUUUGAAGUGCCGACCAACGGUUGCAGCAGCGGGAUGUCGGCUGCAAAGACUGAGGUCAAGGCGUGUACAUCAAUCAUUGCGACAUCAACAGUGCCGGCCGUCGAGUUGCAGCAAAACAUCGGCUGGAAGACAGUCACCAAAAUCGGAUAUCGCUUUCGUUCUCAAGGAGGAGUACCGAAGAUGCCGGAAACUGGUGAAAAACCGUAGCACACACGGCAGCGAAACUCCGCGGACUGCCGCGAAUUUAUGUACGCAGCCGGCAUCGCGUCGGAGUAUGUGCGCCGCGCGGGCGCACAAGAUUUAUCGGCGCUUGGCCGAGUUUCGGUAAGCGUUAUCUAAGAUCAAGCAAUGGAGGGCUACGAAGACGACGACGACACUCACUUUUGCAUCAAGUGUAAUCUGACAGUACACGGCCUCGACAAUUAUGUGCGGCAUCGUCGGUCAGGCUGCCGACCGCCUGACGAUAAAAACGAGACCGUCCACGAGUCGCCCGCGACGCCGACGACAGUGUCGUAUCCCGAAAUUCUCAAUGCGGAUAUGUUCUUCAGCUCGUUGGAGCUGCAGAGCAGCGCGAAGACAAAUCCUCGACGGGCGCCGACUUUAUUGGAAAGCGGUAGAAAAUUCAAGAAGGAGGAAGUAGAGAGUAGAAAAAAAGAUCAGAAAAGUCAGGUGGACGAGCCCGGUGCGAAAGAUAAACUUCACAGCAUGCUACCCGCCGUCAGCGAUCUGGAUGAUCCAACCGAUCCCCUAUGUAUCCAACCCCUCAAGCAAACCAAUCGAAAGAGACAAGAGAAUCCGCAGCGAAUGGAGCAGAGCUGGUUGGAAGACACCAUUCUCGCCGACCUCGCGUUGGAAAAUAGCGAGAAUAAAGAGCUGGCGCGAUACGACUUCGAGUACCACCAGGACGAUGAUUCCGAGGACGAUAUGUUGGACGACGAUUUGGGGGAAGAUGACUCCUAUUUGGAUUCUGACGACGGCGAACAUCGUGAGCGUCCGCCGCGCGAUCAUACCGGCGGCAAAUGGAAGCCUGAGCUCGACGAUUUGCCGCAGGACAUGCCACAUAUGCAUGAGGAGGAUGUGGAUCCCGAGGACGAUCAUCAGGAACAUCCACCGCCGACGUACACCGGCGGCAAAUGGAAACCCACGGAGGCGUCGCAAAAGGUCGAGGAAUACGAGAGCAAGGAUGCAUCCGGGCAGCCGCCACCAGGACAUACGCGAGGGAAAUGGGUACCGGGUGCACGAACGGAUAUCGAAUCGGGAUAUUGGUGCAAUCCUUGCGGCAGGAAGCUCGCCUCACGAUUGGUCUACAACAGGCAUCUGCUCUCUGAUUUGCACGCCAGGAGGAGCAUUAGAGAGAUCGACGGUGAUCUCCAUUUACCAUGUGGAAUGAAUCUGCGCGCGAGUAGGAGAGUAUCUGCUCGUAGACAAGCUUCAUUCGUAACGAGAAAAAUAGAAGAGCCCGAGCAAAAGAAAAUUAAAAAAGGCGUGCGUCGAAGAGAAAAAGAAAUUAUCUCAUGUGAGAUGUGCCACGCGCGUGUGAAAAGGCCUCAAAUGGGUAAACAUUUGCUGUCCCAUUACCAUUGCCGUGUGGCAGGAGUGAAUCCUAGCAGUCCGAGCGCGCGACGUUUCCUGCUGGAGAACAUGGCGAACGUGGUGCGACAGUGCCCUUUCCAGUGCGCUCCUUGUCGUUUCUACUGCAACACCGAGGAAACAUUUUUGCUUCAUUGGCGUUCUGAACUUCAUGUCAAGACCUUAGGACAGAUCAGCGGUAGUUGUAGAUGCACGCCGUGUGAUUUCUGGUGCGAGGACAACGGGACAAUGGAGUCGCACCUUAUGAGUGCAAGUCAUCGUGAUGUGGUAUCGAUGAUGAACGGCUCCGUGCCGGUGGUAAUUAGUCGUCAACGAGCGUUACCCUGCGGCAGUUGCGAUCGACAAUUUCGAUACAAUUUCCAACUGCGGUCGCAUGCUAAGGAAACCGGCCACGACGCGAGUUACACUGCGUCGGACGAGUAUCAGCAGCGUAUCAAGUGCAACCUGUGCCCUUGCGUCGUCCGAUCCCUGGUUACGCUUCAACGCCACAAAUUGCUCUGUCACGUCGCUAAGAAUAAAGAAAAGGACGAAGUCGCGGCGGCCGCGCGACUGGCGCCAUACUUCUGCUCGUUUUGCUCGAUGAAUUUUACCACCACCCAGGAAGCAGUUCUGCAUCGGAGAACCUCCAGUCAUAAGGAAGCCGUAAAAGCGCACAAGAGUCGGGAAGGAUUAUCGAAGACCGUGGUGCGGGAGUGUCCUCACUGCGACGAGAAGCUGCCGAAUCUCGCGGCAUACAAGACUCACCUUCUCAAUUCUCAUCCGAAACUUUGUCACAGAUGUCCGUGUUGCGGUCUGCUUCUUGCCCUGUCGCAGGACGUCACCAAACAUACGCGAGAAGGUAACUGCACCAAGGACGAUAGCUCGAAUGCGGGUGAAGGGGACGUGAAGAAAGAAUGGAAAUGCCAGGAUUGCAUCUUCUCGACGGACUCUCAAGCUGAAUUCAUCUUUCACGGAGCCCUCCACACCGGUGCCGUGCAAGUUGACGAAGAAGUUCCGAGCUCCAGCAAGUUGUUGCCGAAGUACCGGUGUCCGAUCUGUAAGAAGAUUUUUGCAAAACCUUCGCUGCGGAAUCAUAUUAUACAGCAUACUGGAGAAAAACCCUUUCCCUGCGCGAAGUGUUCCAUCUCAUUCUCGAGGCGAUCGGAGCUCAGCGUUCAUCAAAGGAUAUGCGGCACCUUCUCGUCGGAGUGCCUGGACACAAGAGGUCGUCGGCGAAGAUUUAUUUGCUCGGAGUGCAAGGAAGGCUUCUAUACCAAAUAUUCCCUUCAACAGCACAUGCUGCGACACAUUGGCAAGAAGUACAGGUGUGGGCUUCCGGGAUGCCCCACAGUUCUUCGCACUCCAUCCGAGCUCCAGAGGCACCGAAAGUUGGUCCACGAUAGCGUUGGUAAACAAUAUCAAUGUCCUAAUUGCUCGUACGCCACUAAAACGCAGCCGCAGCUGAGAAGGCAUAGGAAGAAGCACGAGGGUACCACAAACGAGGAGAAAGUCCACUGCUGCAAUUAUAAGGGUUGCAAUUUUAAAACGAAAAUUAGUUAUCAUCUGCAAAGGCACUUACGGCUGCAUACAGGCUCUAAACCGUAUAAGUGUCGACAUUGUUCCUAUGCGUGCAACGCUUUGGAAAAUCUUCGGAAACACGUAGUAUCCACGAGUUUACAUCCAGGUAAGACAAUUUAUGAAUGUGAUUUUUGCACGGAGGAAAUGGGAAACGUAUUCUGCACGAACUUCUCCAAAGAACUUCGUGCUCAUCUGGUGGAAGCUCACACCAAGGACUUUCCAACACCAAACGAGGCGAAUGAUUACGUCCUCAAAAUUUUUUCCGAUUUUAUUUGGACGCGAUGUAAGGAACUGCCGGUAACAUCAAGGAUACGCACUCGCUCAUAAAGGAGUUCGCACGGGAAAAGGCAGACGCUAGGCGCGGGUUGCUUCGUGACAAGACGGUCACGAUCGAGACAGCUACCGCCCGUUGUCCAGGAUCCAGGAGCAAGAAGGAAGGAAGGACUCACUCCGCGAGAUGACAGACUGGGCAGAAGAAAUCGACGACGAGCGACGAUGGACGAGAG